AUGUUGUCAUCGGCCGAGAUCGCCGACAUGGGCUUCAGGCUCCUCCGACGCGAGGAGGAGACGGACCCCGAAAAAGGCGACUCCGCGCAAAAGGAGCUCUUUGCAGCAUGGGCCCUCUUCAUCUCCAUCAUGCUGCUUAUCAUCGCCUUCUUCACCAGCUACAUGCUGCAGAUGAAGAAGGUGACGGCCGUCCACGAGACUGUCAUUUCCAUCUUUGCUGGCAUGACUGUCGGCCUGAUCCUCCUGGUCACGUCAGGUGACUCCAUCCGGAACCUCAUCAGCUUCGAUUAUCAGAUCUUCUUCAACCUGUUACUACCGCCCAUCAUCCUUUCCUCGGGCUACGAACUGCACCAGGCCAACUUCUUCCGCAACAUCGGCACCAUCCUCACCUUUGCUUUUGCCGGAACCUUUCUCUCCGCCGUCGUCAUCGGCCUCAUUCUCUGGCUCUUCACCCUACUCCCCGGGUCGCUCGAGAUGACGCUUGUCGAUGCCAUCUCCGUCGGCGCGACCCUUUCCGCCACCGACCCGGUGACCAUCCUUGCCAUCUUCAACACGUACAAGGUGGAUCCGAAGCUCUACACCAUCAUCUUCGGCGAGUCCAUCUUGAACGACGCCAUUGCCAUCGUCAUCUUCGAGACGGCUCAAAAGUACAACAAGGGCAAGGCCGCUAGCUACGGUUUCAUCAGCUUCUUCGAGGGUACCGGCAUCUUCUUGCUUGUCUUCUUUGGCAGCAUGCUUAUUGGCAUCGUUGUUGGCGUUGGGACGGCCUUGCUCUUAAAGUUCACCUAUCUUCGCCGGCUACCCAAGAUUGAAAGCUGCCUGAUUGUGCUGAUUUCAUACGCUACGUACUUCUUCUCACAUGGCGUACACAUGUCGGGUAUCGUGUCGUUGCUGUUCUGCGGCAUCACGCUCAAGCACUACGCUUACUUCAACAUGUCGCGGCGCACGCAGCUUACGACAAAGUACAUCUUCCAGGUCAUGUCGCAGCUGUCGGAAAACUUCAUCUUCAUUUAUCUGGGCCUUGCCCUGUUCACGGACAACGCUCUCCAGUUCCAGCCGCCGCUCAUCAUAGUCACCAUUUGCGCCGUCGUGGCAGCCCGUUGGGUCGCCGUCUUCCCUCUAUCGAGGGCAAUCAAUUGGUUCAUCCGUUACCGCGCAAGGAGAAGGGGUGUGGAAGUUCAAGACGAACUGCCGUACAACUACCAAGCAAUGCUCUUCUGGGCGGGUCUCCGCGGAGCUGUCGGCGUGGCCCUUGCUGCUCUCCUGACGGGCGAGAACUCGUACGCUCUGCGGGCUACGGUCCUGGUCGUCGUCGUGCUGACCGUCAUCAUCUUUGGUGGCACUACGGCCCGCAUGCUCGAGAUCCUGGGAAUCCGCACCGGUGUCGUCGAAGAGAUCGACAGCGACGACGAGUUCGAUAUCGAGUCAUUUGGUGGUGGUCUGCAAGCGAAGCGGUCAGGCGCUGCCAUUGGGUAUAACCCUCGGCGUAACGGUAAUGUUGCGCUCACCAACCUAGAGCCGCCGGGUCGCUCCGCAUCUUACGUAUCUGGACACUCAUCGCCACACACCGGUGCGCGUGCCCAGAGCCUGAACCGUAAGAACUCGGCCAGCCGGGGCCAAGACGAAUUUGAGCGAGCGGACCUUCUGGGCCGCGGCAACGAAGACUCGGACUUUGAUAGCGACAUUGACACUUCAGACCUCCCGCCGCCGGCCCGGCGCUCGCCUCACUCGCGAACGAGCCCCAGUCAAACGCCCCAGUCCGACAGCGCUUUCAUGAGCCCUUCCGGCGAGCAGACGACUACCGCACCAAUCACCGCGACGGGCGCCAUCAGGCAACUCUGGAGCGCCGAGGACCCGGCGGGCCUGUUCAGGCAACUGGACGAGGACUUUAUCAAGCCGAAGCUCCUGCUCCACGGCGACGGUGGGAGAGGCGGGGGCCCAAGCUCAUGA